AUGUCACUUGGAAAAGGCAACAAGACAUUUCAAAAAUUAUCCAAAGCAGAGAAAUCCCAAAACAUGAAUUCGAAAAGAUUAGGGGAGAGCUGAUAUGGGUCAAAUGUACCAGGACCAAUGAGCAGCUCCUCAACUCUAAAGUUAUCCAAGAAGAGUUUCAAGAGAUCAAUUUGUCACCGUGAUAAAUUAACCCAGAUCGGGCUUGAGCAUAGCCUGCAGAGGCAAAAAGGAGCAACAGAGGGAAGACCUGACCAGACCUCCCAAAGUCUGUCUACUUACCAUAAAUUAUCCUCAAAGCAGGAUGCAGGGUCUCUGAAGAUGAAGAGAGCUCUUAAGGAAAAGACUCAAAUGAAUUUGAAAAGUGAGAAAAAUAUUAUGAACAAUAAGUCUUCUUGUCAGAAAUAUAAAGAAAAGGUAGCUUCGACUUCAAGGGCACUUCUGAAAGCCCCUUCUGAUAAUUUACAGAAGAGCAGUGUCAGAAGGAAGUCUAGAAAAGCUCUUAAUAAAGAAAACAUCCAUCCAAAAACCAAACUCAGAGAAACAAAUUGCAAUCGCUCAAGCUUGGCUCGGGCUGAAAAGCCUAGAUUAUUGCAUAAGAGAUCAGCUGUGGCGCUCAAAAAGACCUCAAGGAAAAAGAUUUCUAAGCUGAAGAAAACAAGCCGCAAAAAUUUACCUUCAACAUCACAUGAGGGAGUCCUGCCUACUUUUGAAGCUAUAGGGGCAUCACAAGAAUUUCAAUAUCAGGAGAUUUCUACCUGAAAUCCUAAACCAUGGGAAAACCUCAAAACCAGAAAGGAUGUUUACAAAAAGAUCUCUAACAUUCUUAAGAAAAACAAACUUGAGUUGCCAAAGCCAGUAUCCAAGGAUGUCUCAGAGAACAUCUGGAGAUACUGUACUGAUGCAGAAAUUUACGAGCAAACAGAAGCAAUAAGUAGCAGGCUUUUAACCAAGAGAUGUUCCAAUAAAGCCUGAAUCACUGCACCUGAGAAGAAAGUGCUUAAAGAGAUAGACGAACUGUACUCAGUGGUCCUUGGGUUAAAUUAUAUCUCAGGAGAAGAUGCACUCAAAGCUACAGGAGUAAUGGAGAGUCAAGAGGAGAUACAGACUAGCCGGUUCAUGCAAACAGAUAAAAAUAAUUUACUAACAGAGGAAUUUUCGAGGAAAAAGCAAAGGAAGUCAAAGCAAUUCGAACCCUCUAAGGAAAGAUCAGUUGUACAAGUCAUAAAUAAGCUGAAAAAGAUUAAGAAGAAGUAUAAAAAGAGCAAAGAGAUUGUUGCAGCUGUCAACCGGCUCCAUAAAAUUAUCAAAGGAGGCUUGAAAUUCACCAGAAGCACCUCAAUACCCAGGUUGACGAAAACUAGUGAUCUAUUUAACCCUAAUGCCUUAUACAAAAAGAAUGAAGAUAAGGACACUGAUAGCUAUAUGCCAAACCCUGAUACAUUCAGGAAACUAGAUACAGAUCGAGGGUAUGAGAGCCAGGGUAUUAACAGCUUACUAAUGUCCAAUACCCUUGCUAAGACUGAUUCAAGACAAAACAGUUGUGGAAGAAAGCAUGAAGAUCAGCUAAAGCUCCCUCUGCAUUUACUCCACCCUCUCCAAUCCCAAAUGAGUCAUAAUUCUGCAGCUAUUUCAAAAAGAGGAAAAAUUAACAAAAAGGCUUCUCUUCUUGACCUGAACUCCAACAGGAUGGGGAGCCAUCAGUCCUCAAAUUUAACUGCUGAAUUCACUGAAGUUAACAAUACCAAAAAUGAUGAGUUCAAUAGAAGGAAGGAAAUUAGAUAUAAUAGACUUGUACGAAUCUCAUCAGGCAGCCAGCCGAAGAAAAAGGAUAAUGAUGCUAUAGAGAUACUUAACUAUUAUAACCAAUCUUUGAAUAGUGAGCACGAUGAACAAAAUCCCUAUGAGAAUAAAAUGCUGAAGGAUGUCCUGUAUGCUACUAUAAAACUGGUCCUUGCUCAGAACAAACAGAUCAAGAAGUUGAAGAAAGUAGUGACCAAGAGUAGAGACUCCCGGUGCCAUAACUAUAGCCUAUCCAAUGCUAAUGAUGAGUCAAGAGCCACCGAUCUCUCUUUUCUUUCCAUUGGAAAAGACGCAAUUAACCCUAUUAUCACAGUGAAAUAACUUCUGAAGGGAUGCAUGUUUCCACAAAAAUUUUCAAAAGGCUGAUAAAAAUUCAAAAUCAGGCUCUGAAAAUUCUGAAAAAGAAAGUAUCCACGAUCUCUCUCAUAUCUCUGAGAACAAUACCGACAGCAUAGAUGAGACCCUACUCCAAGAACUUGGCAAGAAGAUCUUGAAGGAAUCCAUACGAAGUAAAUCUGAAUCUAGAACCUCAAGUAAAGUCGAGCCGAGGAGUAAUGGCAGAUACUGUGCCGACACUGAUGAAAAUAAUGGCUAUAGCUUGAUUACUAACGCAAACCUCCUGAAUACAUCUAUGAGCCCUGUCCAUAAAGCGAUUCCUAAUCUAGGAGACGCUCCUGGUGGCUUAAGGAAGGAGGUGAAGACUCUGUUUGACCAUCAAACAGAGUCAGAAACUAAACAUGCUCAAAAGCAAGAAAAUCCUUCUGAUAAUUUUCAGAAUUAUAGCAAGCAAACCUCUCUAGGGAGCAUUGAUAAUUCUCAAUUCUCAUUGAAGUACUGACCAAAUUUUGAAGAGGAUUCAGAAUUCAAAAAUUUCAAAAACUCUCGAAUUUUUGAAGAUUCUGAAUUAAAAGAGAAAACCGAACAAAAUGAGACAUCUUUAGGCUUACAGCCUUACGAGCCUCAGGAAGAAAAACCAGAGAGGUACUUCCUUCAGCAAGAGGAGGAUGAUCAUGAACCUAGUUCUGAGCAUUUCCAAGUAGUAGACGAUUAUAGUACCUCUCAAAAUAAAGAGUUUAAAAAGGAUAUCAAAAAUUAUCCGAAAAGCAAGGAGGAAAAUUCAAAUUUUGAAACUGAAAAUUUCGAAGCAAAUUCUGUGCUCCUCGAUGAUACUUCUUUCAAGAGCCAAAAUCCCUCCCAACUAGACCAUAGGAGUGUGGAUCAAAGAGGAAGGUAUGAUAGUGAGGGGGAUAACCCCUAUGACGAAUCGAGGUCAGAACUGUUUAACCCAAUGACGUAUACUCUUGACUAA